AUGCCGAGCCCCAUCAGCAGCAAUCCUCCUACAGCAACACCGGCUCCAAUGCCUGCUUUGGCACCCGUGCUGAGUCCGCUUGAACCUGUCGUUGCUGCCGGGAGUGGUGCGGAGGAUGUGAUGGAGGCACCAGCGGCGGCUGUAGAAGAAGAGGGGGAAGGGGAAGGAGUCGUUACGAGGGAGGUCGACGACGUGGACGGGGACAGUGUCGAUGUUGCUGAAGUCGAUGUGGUUGAGGAUGAAGACGAGGAGGAGGAGGAGGAGGAGGAGGAGGAUGAUGACAACGCUUCAUUAGACUGUAUGAUAAACCCCGGGCUUGAGAGCUGUCCAUCUACCCAGCCCGAGAUGCCCGAGUCGUCAGCGCCAGUCGGGUCUCUUAUGAGAAGGACAAAGUUUGGGCUUGAUUCGAUUGCGGCAUCGUCGAUGUUGUCGUUCUCCCCUAUUGUCCAUGUAUAG